AGACCCAGAGCCAACGCGUGGAUUGGUCUCUCCUAGUUGCAGUCUGGUAGUCGUUGGUGACAGUGCGCCGCCUAGUUAUUGCCCUGAAGGCGGACGAGCCAGCUGCCCAGGAAAGGAGGAAAGUGGUAAAAGCUGACCUCUAUCCGAUCCGUGGCAGGUCUUUAAGUGCGUUGGCGCAGCAGAUUUCAAGGCUAAGAGAGAAAGACUGCCUCUGAUCCCUGCAGGAAGAAGAAACAGGGGGAAAAAAAAAAAACCUCAACAUGGAAAACGCCUCCCAGGAAAACACAGUUGGGGAGCAAGCCCCAGUGCAGAAUGAAGAAGCAGGUCGUCCUUUGGGAGGUGGUGAAGUCCGGGAGCCUGGAGGAAAUAUUAGAGGGGGUUGGGUUCCACCUGCACAGGAUUUUGGAGAGGAUGUGCCUAAUAGGCUUGUCAAUAACAUUGAUAUGAUAGAUGGAGAUGCGGAUGAUAUGGAACGGUUCAUGGAGGAGAUGAGAGAGCUAAGGAGGAAAAUUAGGGAGCUUCAGUUGAGGUACAGUCUGCGUAUUCUUAUAGGGGACCCCCCUCACCAUGAUCAUCAUGAUGAGUUUUGCCUUAUGCCUUGAAUCUUAAGGUUAAUAAUUAUAAGCUGCCUGCUUUCCAAACUUGUAUUUUCCUGGUAUACUUUUAGUGUGAAUCUUUUGGUGUUCUUCUGCCAUUUUCUGAUUGAAGAUUUCAUUUUGACCUAGUCUGUAAGUUUUUUUGUCAGCAGGGGGUUUUCAUCAACUUGCAUGGGAAGAUGUUUAUUACAUGUUGUAAAGUUAAUAAAGCAAUUUAAAAAGCAGUCUA